ACGUACACACAUACAGUACAUUUGUACAUGUACGUGUACACAGAACGUGUACGGAUUUGCGAACGGUGGCAGACGGCAGACAUGGCAGAGCGUGCAGAGUAAACUGCUUUUGGUGAGCGCAAUUCUGGUCACAGCAACAUUGCGAGUUACUGUGAUGUGAUUGUAAUGCAGACUGAAGUGAGCUGUUGGCAUAUUUCCUAAGCAGUAACAUCGGAAAAGCAUGGAUUCCACAGUCAGUAAUGCAGAGAAAGCGGACGUGUCACAUGAACCGGUAACCAAUGACUUGGAUGAGCAUGCAGUACCAGUCAGGAGAAAGAAGCAAGCAAAGACCUGUGCUGAUACCAAGCCUGGAAUCAUUUACCUCAGCAGGAUACCAACCUUCAUGAAACCUAAACGCAUCCAGCAAAUAUUCAGUCAAUAUGGAGAGUUGGGAAGGACAUUUCUGCAAGCUGAAGAUAAGUAUAUUCGUCAAAUGCGCAAGAAAAAAGGCGGUAACAAAGCUCGCUGCUUCUCAGAAGGAUGGGUUGAGUUCAAGGACAAGAAAACUGCAAAGAGAGUGGCACUGACUCUAAACAACACCAGAGUGAGUGGCCAGAAACGAAGUCGCUAUUAUGAUGACCUUUGGAGUAUCAAGUAUUUACAUCGCUUUCAGUGGGCACAUCUUGCAGGACAAUUGGAAUAUGAACAACAGGUACAAAAACAACGAAUGCGUGCAGAAAUAAUGCAAGUAAAAAAAGAAACAAAUGUUUUCUUGAAAAAUGUGGAAAAGAGCCAGUGGCUUGAGAGAAUGGAAAAUAAAAAGAAGAAACAAGGAAAGGAAUGGACACACAGAAUACAACAAUACAAACAGCGUCCUGCGUAUAGAACUGAACCCCGCUCAGGCAAAGUCACAGGCAGUUUACUAAGCAAGAUUUUCGCCAAGUCCAAAUAAAAUGGUAAUAUUUUGCAGACAUACUGUACAGGUUUGUACAUGUUUUUUGGCAAUAUAAAAGGCAUAACUAUCAGGGAACGUUUUCACAAAGUGGUUUUCAGUUUAAUAGAAUAGAAAAUAAUAACUGCAUAAUGGAUAUUUUUAUGGAUUGAGUCACUGAAUGAUCAAUGCCACCCAUUAUGUGUAUAAACACUUUUGGAAAAGUAUGCACCAUAGGGUUUCUGUUCAAGUGCUUCAUUAUUAGUAUUUGCUUCAAAUGUAAAAAGUAAUUAAUGUGUAAUAAUGUGAAUCACUGAUUACAAGCCUGUUGGUCUUGGACCCUAGCUAGCAUCGACAUUAGUUUACUACCCAAAUUUUUAGCAAUCGGGGAAUUAGUACUUUACUUUCCUGAUAACACUGACUUUUGAAGUCGGUGAGCUACACCAUAAAUAUACAUGUACAUAACGGUAUAUGACCAAUAAGAUAUGAACUGUAGAUUUAACUCUUUCGCUAUGGUGAGCCGCUGACAGCAGCACACAAAAAUUGUACAUGUUGUACGGCAAGCCGCUGGCAGCGGCUCGGUGACGUCGCUGUGAAUAAACAUGGUAUCCCCAUGACGUGUGCCUUAUCUACAUAAUUUAUAUCAUAUAACCUCUGACCCUAGUUUGAGCCGCUGCCAGCGGCUCUCCGUCUCGCCGGGGUUUGCUGCAGGUUAUUGUGAGCAGUUUGUUUACAGAGAUUCAUUUAAAGAUGGUGGCGUCCACAUCGACACACGGUGGAAUUUCCAGCGAUUUAUUACGUCCAAACAUGAAAAAAUCGGUAAAUUAAAUUCCGUAGCGAAAGAGUUAAGUUCCCAAUAUGUGCAUGUACUUAUCUUUAUCUCGUACACUGUAAUCCUAAACAUGAGUUAUGUGUUGGAUUGAAUGUUCAUGUACGACGUCAUGUUAAUUGUGAAAAUUUAACUGAGGGUCAUUGCCCGAUGGAUCUGUAUUGAAAGGGGAUACAAAGUGAAUGACCAAAAUACAAUAUACAGGCAAUGUGUUUUUUUAAA